CAAAUGGACUCUACACCGGUUCAAUGUCAGAAAUGUGUGGAAGGUAAUAAACAUGGUUAUCAGUAUUUUUAUGGCAGCUGAAAGGUUAAAAUGAGAACUUUGGACGGAAACACGCCUUCAUCACGUCUCUGCAGAGACGCCUGGAGAUCCACCUACAGAGCAGAACAGCAGCUUCCUGUGAGUGAAACCAGCUGGAAACCUCCAACACUGCUGCUCCAAGCUGAAGGUGAGCCGGAACCAGAACCCUGAAGCUUCACUCAGAGACUAAAUGGCUUCCAGAUCAGAGGAGGAUCUCUGCUGUCCGGUCUGUCAGGACGUCUUUCAGGAUCCGGUUAUUCUGUCAUGUAGCCACAGCUUCUGUAAGGAGUGUCUGAAGAACUGGUGGAGAGAGAAAGCAGCACAAGAGUGUCCAGUUUGUAAGAGACGAUCUUCUAAGGAGGAACCACCCUGUAACCUGGUUCUGAAGAACCUGUGUGAGACCUUCCUACAGCAGAGAGACCAGAGAGCUUCAGAGGAUCUCUGCAGUCUGCACUCUGAGAAACUCAAACUCUUCUGUCUGGAUCAUCAAGAACCAGUGUGCUCCAUCUGCAGAGAUUCAGAGAAACACACCAACCACAGAUUCAGACCCAUGGAUGAAGCUGCUGAGGAUAACAAGAAGAACCUUCAGGGAACUCUGGAACCUUUAAAGAAGAACCUGGAGCUCAGGAAGAAAGUUCUAGAGGAGUUUGAUCAGACAGCAGAACACAUGAAGGUCCAGGCCCGACACACAGAGAGGCUGAUUAAGGAGCAGUUUAAGAAGCUUCAUCAGUUUCUAGCAGAGGAAGAGGAGGCCAGGCUGGCUGCACUGAGGGAGGAAGAGGAGCAGAAGAGUGGGAUGAUGAAGGAGAAGAUGGAGGCUCUGAGCAGAGAGAUAGCAGCUCUUUCAGACACAGUCAGAGCCACAGAGGAGGAGCUGAGAGCUGAAGACGUCUCAUUCCUGCACAACUACAAGGCUGCAGUGGAAAGAGUCCAGCGCUGCCCCCUGCUGGAGGAUCCACAGCUGCCCUCAGGAGCUCUGAUAGACCAGGCCAAACAUCUGGGCAACCUGGCCUUCAACAUCUGGAGCAACAUAGAGAACAUGGUCUCCUACACUCCUUUCAUCCUGGACCCAAACACCGCUGGUUUAAGACUCAUCCUGUCUGAAGAUCUGACCAGUUUGACUUCAGGAGAGAAACAGCAGCUUCCUGAUAAUCCAGAGAGGUUUAGAUGGGAUUCUGUCCUAAGUUCUGAGGGCUUCAACUCAGGGAACCACAGCUGGGAUGUUGAUGUUGGAGACAGUAAAUUCUGGAAGCUUGGUGUGAUAGCAGAGUCUGUCCAGAGGACGGCAUUCAUAGAGUCUGGAUUGUUGGUUCUACAGUUCUAUGGAGGUAACUACUCAGCACAAUCUCCUUCAUUUCCUCCCAUGGAUCUCUCAGUCCAGAAGAAGCUCCAGAGGAUCAGAGUGAAUCUGGACUGGAACAGAGGAAAGCUGUCCUUCUCUGAUCUGGACACUAACACACACAUACACACCUUCACACACACCUUCACUGACAAGAUGUUUCCAUACUUCUACACUCUGGAUAAAGUAAAAAUCCUCCCGCUGAAGAUCUCAGUGAGCAAACAGCAGCUCUGAUGUUCUCAGCAUGAAGAACUCAAAGUCCAGAUGAAACCUUGAUGAUCUGAUUGAAACUCAGUGAUUUUAAACAGGAACCUGGAGAUGAUCUGAUCUGACUGAUCAUCUGAGGACUUGUUCAUUUCUGCCUCUUAAACAUUUUAUUUUAUCCUGAAUCUUUGGUGGUUAAAUGUCUCCUUUGUGUUAAUCUCUCUAAAGCAUUCACUAAAUAAAGUUUGAUUGAUUUCAUGUCAGGUGGGAAACAGUUGGCUGCAAAUAAAACAUUUAUUGUCUCCAA